AGAUCCUAUAUAUUUAUACUCCAUGUGCAGAACUUCUGUUGAUCAUACAACAAAAUGGCUGCCAAUGAUGUGCCAUGUUGUGAAUCCAUGUUCUGGGUAUACUUAGUAAUAUCUGUGGGACUCGUGGCAUUUGCAGGUCUCAUGUCAGGGCUCACCCUUGGACUCAUGUCACUCAGCCUUGUCGAGCUUGAGGUCCUUGUUAAGGCAGGUCUGCCAGAGGACAGGAAGAAUGCAGCAAAGAUUCUGCCCAUUGUCAAAAACCAACACUUGCUUUUGUGUACACUCCUCAUAUGCAACUCCCUGGCAAUGGAGGCCCUACCAAUCUUCCUCGACGCUCUCCUCCCUGCCUGGGGCGCCAUAUUAAUAUCAGUCACCCUCAUUCUUGCUUUUGGCGAGAUUAUUCCCCAGGCCGUGUGUUCUCGUUAUGGACUGAGUAUUGGUGCGAAAUUGUCAAUAGUGGUUCGUUUGCUUGUCAUAGUUGUUUUCCCAUUAUCUUAUCCUAUUAGUAAGUUGCUGGAUUUACUCCUAGGAAAGGGGCACUCUGCUCUACUACGGCGUGCAGAGCUGAAGACCUUGAUUGAUUUCCAUGGAAACGAGGCAGGAAAAGGUGGAGAGUUAACUCAUGAUGAAACUACCAUCAUCUCGGGAGCGUUGGACUUGACACAGAAAACUGCCAAAGAUGCUAUGACACCUAUGUCGAAAAUAUUUUCCCUUGAUCUCAACUCUAAGCUCAAUGAUGAUUUAAUGAUUUUGAUAUUGAACAAAGGACAUAGUCGUGUGCCCGUGUACUCAGGAAGUCCGACUAAUAUCGUUGGCCUUAUUCUGGUCAAGAAUUUAUUGAAAUGCCGUCCUGAAGAUGAAACACCAAUCAGGAAUCUGACAAUCAGGAAAAUACCCAGGGUUUAUGAUUCGAUACCAUUGUAUGAUAUUCUGAAUCAGUUUCAGAAAGGGAAUAGCCAUAUGGCUGUUGUUGUGAAGAGCCGUGAGCGUAACAAUGAUGCUACCGAAGUUGCUAUAUCCAAACGUGAAAUGUUGAAGAGAGAAAUCGAUUCAUGUUCAUAUAAAGUUCAAGUAGCUCAAAAUGCAAAUAAUUAUCAAUAUGGCGAAGGUAAACCACUAAAUGUUUUGGAGUCAUCAGGGCCCUGUUGUCACAUUAGAGUCUUGAGUCCAGCAUCGAAAUGCAAAAUCACAAGUGGCAAGUUAGAAGCAGCAGAUGCAAUAGACACAGUUCCAAGUUUAGAUGAAGAAGUCAUUGGUAUAAUUACCAUGGAAGAUGUUCUGGAAGAAUUACUGCAGGAGCCAAUCUAUGAUGAAACUGACGAAUAUAUUGACGUCCACAAUAAAAUUAAGAUUAAUAUGCUUCCGGGAAAGAAAUAUUUUUUAAGAUCUCCUGGAGCAGCCUCAGCCUCCAAUGUAAACAGGCAAACUCCAAUGGUGUCCCCACUUUCUUCAGCUCAUCAGACACCUAUCUCAUAUCAUCACACUCCCCUACUGCGUUCACCAAUAUCGCCAUAUACUCCAUCGCCAUGUGCAAGACCAACUCUAUAUGCUUCCCCUGGAAAAUUUACGAUGAAUUCACCAGUCAGACACGCAUGACCUCCUCACACUCUCAACAGGAAUUUGAAGUGAAGAAUUGGAGGCUCUAGACUAGCCAACUUUUGUCUAGAGUUAGUGUGAUUCCUUGAGCGACUUUUGGACAUUUAGAAGUGUA